CUCCGGCUCCUUCCUGACCCGCCGGCACCCCAGGUAGUUCGUGUUUUAAUCCUUAAGUUAACAAGCAGGGUUUACCUGAGCAAACACUCUUAGCAGGGAGGCAAUUUUAUUGCCUCCCGGCGGCGAUCUUGCUCGGCCCUCCUCGGGCGUCUCAGAUGCAGAGGGCCGCGCGCGGCGCUGACGCCCAGGCCUCCCCCACAGGUGCGCCCCCGCGGCCGCGCUGCUGCCGGAACGGCGGCACCUGCGUGCUGGGCAGCUUCUGCGUGUGCCCCGCUCACUUCACCGGCCGCUACUGCGAGCACGACCAGAGGCACAGCGAAUGCGGCGCGCUGGGGCACGGAGCCUGGACCUUCCGCGGCUGCCGCCUCUGCAGGUGUGUCUUUGCGGCCCUGCACUGCCUCCCGCUCCAGACACCCGGCCGCUGUGAUCCACUUACCUGGAUUGCUAAAUGACGGGUGUGGAACUCUGAACCAUCACCUUGGCCAGCUCACGUGCCAGAUGAGAAGGGCUCAAGGGCUGUUUCUCUGUGAGCCUUAAAAACAGCAAACUGAUUCUCCUUCAGCUCUCCACGUUACACAAAAAUGCCUGUUUCCAGCCGCAGCGCGAGGAAUGUACAAGCUAAAGGGAAGCACGUCUUCCUGGAGCUGCGCUGCGCUCCCCACACUGGGCUUCCUUCCGCGCUCCGGGCUGCCCUCCUCGUGGCCGGGAAGCCGCGGCUCAGGCUCCGCGGCUGAUGCAGAGCCCGCCGGGCAAGGCCUAGAGAGGAGGCCCAGCGAGAAAAGGGCUUUACCGGAUCAGGUGCAGACAUCUCUGCUUCACUCUCUUAAAG